AUGGAACACUGGAAGAUUGAACCAUGCACGCUCGCUGACGCUCCAGCUCUGGCUCGCAACAACAUCAGUGGCUUUUGGACGGAUCCAAAUUGGAUUCUCCUCUGGCCCAAAGAUAUUAAGCUCGAGUUCCUUAUCGAACAGGUCACCAAGCGCAUUCCCAACAACCUGAUUCGCGAUCGUGAGACACUGCGACACUUUAAAGCCGUCGAUCCUGAAUCGGGCGCCCUCGUCGGCUACGCAAGAUGGGAGCUUCCUGCACGCUGCGCAACAGCACCAGAAUGGGCUGAUGCGCAGAUCGCAGAAGUCAGUGAAGUAGAAAGGAAAGCUAUCAAGGAGCGGAGUGACAGCGCGUGGUGGAAGCCUCAAUUCAUGGAUGGCAUUGAUGACUGUGGACCGGAAAAGGAGCGUAUCUUGGCUGAGAGAGAUUACAUCAGUCUCGAUUACCUUGCUGUUCAUCCUGAAAACAAAGGGAAGGGCAUCGCCACCGCGUUGGUUAAGAGCGGCAUGCGGCUAGCCGAGGCAGUAGGAGUUGAUCUUUUUAUUUUGGCCUUUCCCGCUGGUCUCAAUGUUUACAAGAGACUCGGUUUCAAGGAAGUUCACCGAGGCUACCAGGAUGAUACCAUGUACGGAGGUUCUGGCUACAUGGUGUACCUGCUUACCUAUGAGGUAAAGAAGUGA